ACUUGGCCCUACUAAAUGGUCACCCUACUUGUUGCUUUAUUAGCUUCUUACUCUCUCAUUCAUUCCACAGAUAUCAUUCCAUGGAUGGAGAAAAAUGGGAUGCAUACUGCAGCCGUUGGUCUUGUCUGCAAAUUGGAGCUCAAAGACAAGUUCCCUCCUCAGGCCAUGCUGUCAUCCUUCUUACGUGUAACUGAUAAAACUGCAAAGAAAAUGAGGAAAGAAGGACAGGGUUUGCCAGAAGCACUGCAGAAAGAAGUAUGUAAGAAGAAACUGGCCGCUCUGAAAUCAGUUGUCAAGUGUGUGGAGGACUUUAGGCUCAAUGCUGAUGAGCUUGCUCAUUGGAAGACCAAUGAGAAAAUUGCCACGUUAGAGAAACAUAUCUCAGACCUUGUUGUGAAGGCACAGGAAAGAGCAGCUCAGAAGAGGAAAGCCAAGGAGCUAGGGUCCUCAGAGAAUGCAAAACAUCUAGCAGCUAAGCGUCAUCAGCCUAAUACUGUAAACACACCAUUCCCAGGACAACCCACACCUGCAGUUGUUCCUUCUCCACCACAGCCCAAGAUCUUGUUUGACCCUACAUUCCCAGGCCUGGUCAAUGCAUACUCAGGUGCCUUGGUAAAACUGACAGGUAGCGAUUUUGGGCCAUCGACAUCAAGCGGUGUGGGUCCAUAUGUUGGGAUUGGUGGUGGACUGCUAAUGGGAAACAGCAGCAGGCCAUUUGUAGACAAUGAGAUCGGGUCAUAUGAGUGGCACAGGGAUGGAGCCUUCAACAGCCACUCAGUUGGGCAGAGCUUAUUAGGUGGAUUCCUGCCUUCAGCUGUGCCACAAAGCUUACCAGAGCCGUCUGCAUUGAUGCUGCCAUCCCACAGGGACCCAGGAAAUCUAUAUCAGUUUGCUGACAUUGUUUUGGAAGGUGAAUCAUAUUAUGGCAGCUCUCACAUGGGCAAUGUGGCACCAGCAGCAGCACCAGCUCAGGCACCCGUCUAUCAUCACCAUCCAUACUAUUAA